AUGCGCGACCUUCGACGCCGUGCUCUCGAGAGCAACAAGACCGUCUCCCGCAAGGCCCAGAGCCGGGGAGUCUCUACGCCGAACUCGAGGACGCCAUCAGCCCAGAGUUCUCGCCAGUCCUCGAGAAACGUCAGUCGCCACCCCUCAGACGACGAGGAUGAUGAAGACGAUGAUACCCGGAGUGUAGGAACAGCUUGGAGCAACGUUUCAGCCGAGGAGUCCGGUGCGGGAGAAGAUGCAGAGAGCAGCCGUGCUCCGUUGCAGGACGUCAUCAACGAACUUAUCGAUCGAAAACGCAGCAGCGUCCAGGGACGAGAGGACUAUCUCAACGCCUUUGUCCGGAUGCUGACGGCCCACUACCAAGAAGAAGAACUGGGCAGUAAGAUGGACGAGCUGCUCAAGGUGUUUGCCAAAUCCAUCCGAUCCGAGACCAGCGAGAAGGAAACCAUCCUCGCACUCAGGGCCACAUCUCUCAUGGCUGUUACCAUGCUCGACGACACCAUCUACCCGUCCAUGAGCUCCGUCGUCAAACGAGCCGCCAUGGACUCGUCAUCUUUCGCCGUCAAAGCCGCCGCCAUUCGAACACUGAGUGCCUGUACCAUCUUUGGAGGAGCAGGAGACGACAGCAUACUCGAGCAGAUGAACUUUUUGAUGGAAAUCGCCAUGUCUGACGGCGCAUACGUCGAUGCUGCCGACGACUCGGAUACCGUUACCGCCGCCAUCGAGGAAUGGGGAUUCCUCGCCUCCCACAUAGAAGACCUCGAGGUCGAGAGUGAAGAGGCCGUCGAGGCCUUUGCCGACCAGCUGGAGAGCAGCGAGACCAGCGUACAGGUUGCAGCUGGUGAGAACAUCGCCCUCCUCUACGAAAAGAGCUACACACCCAAAGAGGAGGACGAGUCAGACGAGGAAGACAACUACAACGCCACCGACGACGACCGUUCCUCCACCCCAUCGGACGACGAGGAUGACAACGGCGCCAAACUCAUCAAGCGAUACGAUGCAUACCACAACACCCACCGCAUCAUCAAACAGGUCGAGGCCCUCGCCCACAUCUCCGGCCGCCACAUCAACAAGAAGGACAAACGCUCCCUUCACACCAACUUCACCUCCAUCCUGAACACCGUCAUCAACCCCCGCCGUGGCCCACAGUACAGCAACGCCAUCGACUUCGAAACCAACCAAAGCUACGGCAGCCGCAAGACGGUCAAGUUCCAUCGAAACAGCUACAUGCGUGUUGACCGAUGGUGGAAAUGGAUCCGUCUCGCUGGUAUGCGCAGGAUUCUGGGAGGAGGAUUCAUCGACCACUACUUUGAAGGGAACAGAGCCAUCCUCGAGACUUUACCUGUUUCUCUUGACGUAGGCAGCUCUGGACCAGCGUUUAGCGGUGGGAAGAGCAAGUCUGGCAAACGAGGAGCCGGAAGAGUCAAGGGGGCCGACGUCCUUGGUACUUCUCACUAG